AACAGCCGGCUGCCUCUCUUCAUCUUCUUCAAACCCCUCUUUCGCGCAGCCCUCCGGAAAACAAAAAGCAGUAAAAACAAAAGGGCGAAUUCACCUGAAGCGGGAGCUUGCCGGAAGGAAUAGAGACAGUAGAGCUCGCCUGAAUAGAGAGAGAGAGAGAGAGAGAGAGAGAGAGAGAGAGAGAGAUUUGGGUAGCUGUCUGAGAUUUGAAUUUUAAGGCAGGCGGCUCCAUGCUGUAAUGAAUUUUCAUUCUGCUUUAUUCUGUUUGAGAAUUGAAUUUUAAGGCAGGCGGCUCCAUGUUUGCCCUUAGCUGCAUCGAGCAUAAGUUGCCUUUACCUCCUCAUCUCCUUGGCCUUCCCCGCGAGCAGGCAGUCAAACAGGAGCUUGAAAGACUCUUCUUGGAUAAGGUUAUCCCUAAUUUGGGGCUUUGCAUUUCUAUCUAUGACAUCGAAAAGAUCAAUGGUGGCUUCAUCGUCCCCGGAGAAGGCGCUGCGACCUAUGAAGUGACUUUUAGAUUGGUUAUGUUUCGCCCAUUUGUUGGAGAGGUUCUCACGGGAAAGAUUGAAAAGUCUGGUGCUUAUGGUUUGCGUUUGUCUGUUGGGUUUUUUAAUGACAUUUUUGUACCCGUCCAUCUUCUGAGACAGCCAUACAGGAUGGAGGAAAGUGGCAUAUGGGUUUGGGAGUAUGAUGAACAAGGAGAGUUAUUUUUAGAUCUAGACGAGGAGAUUCGUUUCCGUGUACAGAGUGUUAAGUAUCCUCCAAUCCCGGUUGAGCGAGGCAAAGAUGCAGAGCCAUUUGCUCCUAUGGAGAUUACCGGGAGUAUAGUUGAUGAUGGGUUGGGCCUUGUUUCUUGGUGGUAGUAAUAUAGAGCUUCCAAAUUUCCAAGGCGAGGCUGCUUGUAAUGUGAUUGCUAGCUUCAAAUUCAGAUGUUGGGAGAUGCUUCUUAUCAGUCGCUGCGGUACAUAUUGAUUGUAUCAUAAUGAUUUAGUGCCAUAACCAUUUUUUCUUUGUUAUCCGAAGAUUUAGAGCCAUCGGAAGAGCAAUGGUUGAACUCCUAGCCAUUGAAAUUAUGUAUCCACCGGAAGAGUAGUGGUUGAAAUUUCAGCCACCGCAAGUGCCACUGGAUCAUUCGCGUCAUUAAAUGUGCUAUUGGUUCGCAUUCCUAGAAGUCAUUAUAAGUGCAUGCUUGCCUCAUGUUAUUGGGGUUUUUUUUUUUUUUUUGCCUUAGAUAAAUGUUCACUGUACCUUUCUAACUCUAGUUACUCUUUUUAGAGUACUUUUAAUUUGAGGGGAGAUAUUAGAGUG